AGGCUUGUGUUUGUCAGUGACGAAUCUGCGUCAACUCCCCCGGUUUUCUAGUCCAUGGCCUUGAGACUGUGUGAUCAGACUUGGAUGUGCAGUAAUCGGGCUAUCAGAGGCUUUAUUUCCACAACCAGUUGGACCGAGAACAGAGUUGUUGUUGUUGUGGUUGCUCAAGGCCUCUAUUACAGUUCACCACAUCUUGCUGGGAGUCGAGUGACCACUGCGGGGCGGAACCCAAGCUUUUGUCAAACUCCGUUUCUGUUGUGUUUUCCCCACCUCAACCCGCAGCCAAAGGAACGCCACCUGGAAGCAUUUUCUAAUCAGGACUGGAGUACCACAGAGCACUCACUGCAUUAUGGCUGCAGUUGGACUGACAUUGGAGUCGCCUGACUGCACACUGAGGGCAGAUCCGUUUAUCAACAUUCCGUAUGGACCUCGAAAAAAGAAUUCAGGUCCAUCUGUGAUCGUUGUUCACCAACCAAAGAUCCUGGCCGAAUUUAACUUUACAGACCAACUGCAUGGUCUUCAUCGAGAGUGGGACAUGGACUGGAGUGAGGUGGCCCACUCCUCGCUCAAUCUGCCCUGCGAUGAGUUUGGAGAAAGCCAGCCGUGUCAGAGAUUUCACCAGGAUUUACGCAUGGAUGUCAGCGAGAGACUGUCUGACUUGGAGGAAGACAGCUGGCCCCAUUCCGACCUGGACCAUUGCUCCUUCUCCACUAAACCACAUUCCCUAGACACAUUCCAUAAAGACUUCUCCCUGCCUGCUGUGAUCUUAGACGACAGCCUGUCACAAGCUGGGUCAGAGGAAGGUGAGGAGGACGAGCUUACCUGGAACAAUGAAGCCCCACCUCAAAACACCCUUCAGAAACCAGGCAUGUCCUACCAGCAACGCAGAAAGCAAAAACUCAAAAAGAAAAGACAACUCCUGCUGUCAAAGUCAGUGGAUGCAUGUGAGGAGCAGCAGACCAAUGGGAGACAAGUGGCAGCAGAGGCUCUUCUUAGUAUGGACAGUCCCAGUACCAGUAGUGAAAACAAAACCUUCUUACAAGGCAUCUUAAACUUACAUCACCAAGCAUGUUUACCACCAAGUCCCGCAGACAGUGGCGUGUCAGAUCUGGACAGCAACUCUGACGAUGCUCGCCUUCGAUUACAAGCUAUCUCUCCAAUCUCACCUGUGGCUCAUGGUAGCCCUGGACCGUUCAUUGCACCAUUCUGUCAGCCCCCACCGGCUCACCAACCCUUACCUGCUCAUUUUAACACAGCCACACACAUAGCCAUGAGGCCAGAACACACAGUGUUCAGUGGCAGUGGCACUACCCCCCUCAUUCCCUCCUCUGUGAUGCAUUACAGUAGUGGAAGUGAGUCAGGCCCAGGUUCACCCUCGGACUCACCACUUAAGCACAAGAGUAAAAAAGGUCGAAAACCCAAAGACCUCUUAGACUGCCCAAUAAAUCAACCUAAAAGGAAACGAGAAAGUAGUACCAUCUAUUUGUGGGAGUUCUUGCUUCAACUUUUACAAAACAGAGACACCUGCCCAAGGUAUAUCAAGUGGACAAACAGGGAGAAGGGAAUUUUUAAGCUUGUUGACUCCAAAGCUGUGUCUAAGUUGUGGGGCCAGCAUAAAAACAAACCUGAAAUGAAUUACGAAACAAUGGGCAGGGCGUUAAGGUACUACUACGCGCGGGGAAUUUUGAAUAAGGUGGAUGGCCAGCGGCUGGUGUAUCAGUUUGCAGAAGUACCCCAAGGAAUAGUAGAAAUUGAUUGCUGCAAUGCAUAGAAACUCUCCUUACCUCAAGUUUUCAUUGGUCAUUGUACAUAAACUUCAUCAUAUCACCCUUAGUGCCUUAGGCCUGUGGACACAGCAAUGUCAUAAUGCCUUUCCCCCCCUCCCCACAACCCUCACCGCCCCUCCCCACAAUUCUCACCGCCCCUCCCCCCUCACAUCCAUAUUCUGUACGACUGAACUUACAAGGCCAUGGCACACUAUGGGCAGCAGAUUCAUUACUCAUGAUUAGUGUGGAAGCAUGUGAGUGUGAUACUAGGCUACUACAGUGAACGAGCGAGGAAUUUUUAGUGCUAUGUAUAUACAUUGUGAAUUGUAUAUAUGCCUGAAUACUUCAGAAUCAGUAUCUUGUGUGAUCGUAACACAGGUUAAAAAUGUGCCAGUAAAAUUGUUUUCAAUUUUAAAGGCACCUAACGCUGCAUCAGUAUGCCAGUUUGUGUAGAAGUCCUUGUACACAAGAUUGGGCAGAUAUUGGGCAGAUAUGACUCAAUUGUAUAUCACCUGGAGGCCAGUACAACUUCAAGUCACCAGUUUUUUUU